AUGCUAACCUCUUCCAUCUCACCUGCUAUCAUCUUCUGCCGCAUCUGCUAUCGUCUUCCGCCUCACCUGCUAUCCUCUUCCGCCUCAUAUGCUAACCUCUUCCACCACACUUGCUAUCACCUUCUGAUGCACCUGCUAUCCUCUUCCGCCUCGACUGGUAUCCUCUUCCAAGUCACCUGCUAUCCUCUUCCAACUCACCUGCUAUCAUCUUCUGCCUCACCUGCUAUCAUCUUCCGCCUCCUGGUAUCCAUCUUCUGCCUUAACUGCUAUCCUCUUUUGGCUCGCCUGCUAUCCUCUUCCGCCUCAACUGGUAUCCUCUUCCGCCUCACCUGCUAUCCUCUUCCACCUCACCUGCUAUCCUCUUCUGCCUCACCUGAUAUUUUCUUCUUGCCACGUCUCUUAUCCUCUUCCGCCUUACCUACUAUCUCCUUCCGCUGCACCUGUUAUACUCUCCUAACUCACCUGCUAUACUCUUCUGCCUCACCUGAUAUCCUCUUCCGCCUCACCUCCUAUCCUCUUCCGCCUGACAUGCUAUCCUCUUCCGCCUCACCUGCUAUCCUCUUCCGCUUCAAUUCCUCUCCACUUCCGCCUCACUUUCUAUCAUCUUUCGCUAUACCUUUGAGGCGCGCCGCACCUAUUGGGAACCUUUGA